UAGUUUAACUGUUGUCGGGUCCAAAUAAGUUUCCCCUCUACCGAGAAAGGAAAAACCGAAAAGCCCAGCCAAAACCCUAGUUACCUAUUCGAUCCCAAUCUUUCCGGUCUGGCUACAACGGGAAAUUUGUGUCACAGUGUGAACAUCGGCUUCGAAAAUGGCUAACACUGUCCUCAGAAAUCUGUAUUCUUUAGUACAAAAAUGCCUUCUUGCAACAUUACCAACGCCUACAUCUGCAUUAUGUUCAUCUUUUACAGUUGAGUACCUGGUGAAGUCAUGCGGGCUUCCUUUAGAAUCUGCAAUCUCAACCUCCAAGAAGCUCCAGAUUGAUAAGAAGCAAACCCAUCGGAUAGAUUCUAUGCUCAAAUUCUUGAAAUCUAACGGAUUUGAUGAUGCCCAAAUCGCCAAAUUGAUCACCAAGCGCCCCACAAUCCUCCUUUACAAGGUACUCAACAAUCUGGAGCCCAAAUUCAACUUUCUCAUUGAAAAUGGCUUUGUGGGUCAGAAUCUGCCAGAGCUCGUUUUAUUGAAUCCAGUCAUUUUGACUCGGAGUUUGGAUUCUCACAUAAAACCAGCAGUUCAAUUUCUCAAGAAAUUGCUUUCAACCAAUGAUAUGUUGGCGGCGGCCAAGCGCGCUUCGUGGCUGUUAAACAUGGAUAGUGUGGGUACAAUUCAACCCAAUGUGGCCCUUUUGCAGAGUGAAGGUGUUCCCUUAGAUGUUAUAACAAAAAUGAUAUUGUUUCAGCCAAGGAUUGUAAUGCAAAAUGUUGACAGAAUGGCUUAUGCAGUUAGAACAAUAAAAGAUUUGGGCAUUGACCCGACUGGUGGGAUGUUUGUCCGGGCUGUUCGAGUUAUGAUCUCUAUGAAAGAGUCAACAUGGAAAAGGAAAAUUGAAUUUUUUAAGAGUUACGGGUGGUCUGAAGAUGUUGUUCUGUCAGUUUUUAAGCGCCAGCCAUUUUAUUUAGCUUGUUCGGAGGAGAAACUUGGGAGAGUCAUGGAUUUCUAUCUGAACACUGUGAAGUUGGAACCGGAGACUAUGAUUGCCAAUCCCAUGCUUCUUAUGCGUGGUUUUGAGAAAACAGUUCUACCAAGGUAUAAUGUUUUCAAGAUUUUGGUUUCUAAGGAGCUGAUUAAUAGGGACAACAAGAGGCUGUGUUGGUUGAUCACACAAAGUGAGAGGAGAUUUUUGGAUUAUUAUGUUCUUAAGUAUUUGAAUGAAGUCCCAGACCUACUGGAGAUAUACCAUAGUUCUAAGGAAGAGACGAUAGAGAUUCCUUAGUGCAAUACCAGUAAAUGAUGUUGCUGUUUGCUGUAAUGUUUUCAAAAUGAGGACAGCAGAAGAACAACUGCGCCUCAUUGAGAAAUGCUUGAGAUCCUUUGGUAAGAAGAUGGUGGGGGAUAUACUAUGGAUCACAUACGUUCAAAGGCUCCAGUGCUGGUAAAUUUUAAGAUAAGGGUCAUCUCUAAGAGGGGAUAUUUUUGUUGCCUGCACUAGUGAUCACAGCCGGGUAGGUCAUGGUUGUACAUUACCGAAUACAGGGGCAGUAUGUGCAUGUUUGAAUAUGGUGAAUAAUAUUUUAACAUCCCUUCUUAACGAUGUUUUCUUUAAGAAUGCCUCUUCUGUCGUCUUACCUAUAUUAAAUCAUCAGCCUUGCAUUAUCUCAUGAGGUUCUUAACUAACAUUAAAUGCAUACCCAAUCUGAAUUCAUUUAGCCAGGCUCUGCCGAAGUUAAAAUGCUUGGAUACAUUAUCAUUGUACUUGUACGUAUUGGUAUACAGGUCUAAUUCUACCAACAAACUAGGAUGCUUUUUGAGACUGAAGUUACUUUUCUUGCUUUUCCCUGUAUUAGUGUCCUUACUCUUAGAAUUAGAAGGCCCAUGGUUUUCGCAUAUGAUUUCACCAAUUGCUUUCAUUAUUCUGAAACUUGUAGAGGGAGUAGUCAUGGCCAAAAGUGAUGAUCGCUUAUUUUGGAAAAGAAAUUACAUGUCUCCUUCCAUAAAAAGAGUCAUUCCUCCAUACUAUGACAUAUGUGCACGAACUUUUCUUUGUACUUUUGAUGGAUUAUUUUUGUAAGUGUCAAACUGUGAUUUGCAGGUCAUAAGGAAUGGGUUGGUUGGAAAUUCUUUUAUGCAGCACAAGCUCCAGAAAAUCAAUUUUUUUUUUUCCUUUUCUUUUUUGUUGUUGUUGGAAGCUUCUGAAAAACCAAAUUUAUGCAGAUGUAAUGAAACUUUUGAUACAUUCUCAUUUUAUUAAUUGAUCUCAGUUCUCAGCUGUGUUUUUUCUUUUCUUCUUUGUUUCAUUUUGUUCCUUUGGUCUAAAGAUAUAGUGCGUCGAUUCUGAGCAAGAGAUUCGUUGAAUAGACUACUAUAUGCAUCUGGUAGUUACGCAAGCCUGUGUGGAUGAGAUUGUGAACUGAUCUCCAUCUCAUUCUUCUGACAAUAGAACAGGAAAAUAAGCCUCCAUGGCAGAACCUUAUUAUCAUAAACAAUAAUAAUUACAUUAGGGAAAUACUAGGGAGACUGUUUAUAGACCACCUUGUUAACCACCGAUCUAAUAGAGAGGGGCCUUUAUUAUAUUGGUGAACUCCUCCACCUCUAUUAGAGAGAGAUGGCUUAUAAGGUGGUCUAAUAAUGUGGUCUUCCUAGCAUGACUAGUACAUUAUCAUAAAACUACAUGUAGGUACAAAAUUUUAGGUAUAUGUCGUCUGGAAGAUACGGAAUGGCAUGAAUAAUAAGCUGGUGCAUGCUGAAAUCCCUGAUGAACCCCACGUGCCUUUCGAUCGU